UAAAGCACAAUAAAAAAUAAACAAAAGUCCCGUAAAAACGAACUAAUACGCACUACAAGAGCAAAAAAAUUUCAAGUUACUUCGAUGCUUAACCUUGAAAAGGGGGAAAUUGUUGAUACGUGGCCAUAACCACAUAAUAUAUAGCUUAUAAAAAGCUGGGGAAGGGCAGGCAGAUAUCAACCUGGCCGCACUUUUUUGCACUUAUCAUUGCGCAGUCACAAUUGUGAAUUGCACAAAGAACGUCAAUAUUUGUAAAUCGAAUUAACGAACGCUGCACCCAGAAAAAACGUUUUCCGCUGCAGAAUGGAUCAUCGUGUUUUUCUGUCGCUGAUCUUUGUGCUCAGCGGCACCUUCAAUGUUCUGGUCGUGAAGUGGGCUAAUCAAAACCAGGUGAUUGGCAGCGAUGGAAAACUACAUGGAUUCCAGCAUCCGGUGGUUUUCACCCUGCUCAUGUUUCUUGGCGAAUUCCUUUGCUUUAUCGUCUUUAAGCUGAUUCGCCUGAUCUCCAAUCGUCGUGGAGUCAUCGCCGAUCUGGAUAGCAUCUUGACCCAGGACAGCAGCGAGUUCGGCCCUUUGAGCAUGCUUCUACCUACCGUACUGGACGCGGUUGCAUCCAUUCUGCUGUUUACCGGACUUUAUUUAACGUACGCCACCAGCUUCCAGAUGAUAAGAGGCGCCGCUCUGAUCUUCGUGGGUAUUUUCAGCACCAUGUUCUUGAAUCAUACGCUCACUAGUCGGCAUUGGCUUGCCAUCUUCACCAUAUCCUGUGGUCUUUUGGACAUUGUCAGUCUGGAUGUUCAUCGCGUUGACUAUGACCAAGUCACAUUGCCCUACACAGAUCACAAAGCCAUUCUGACCGGCGACCUGCUUAUCAUCAUAGCCGAGAUUCUGCAUGGUCUGCAGUAUGUUUAUGAGGAGAAACAGCUUAAGACCUCAAAUGUAGCACCAUUGCAAGCUGCCGGCUGGCAGGGAAUUUUUGGAUUAGUAAUUACCUCGUUGCUGGCAAUUUGUAUGCAUUUCUUACCAAGUGUAAGUCCCUUCAACGAGAGCUCUCGUGCCGUCUUUGACGAUUGGAGCGAUCUCAUUGCUAGUCUACAGGAUAAUCCUCCUUUGAUUAUGGCCCUGAUUGCUUUUACCGUUUCGUCUGCUUUGUACAACUUUAUUGGACUUUACAUUGCGAUGUACUCGUCUAGCGCGAACCGCCUACUGGCCGAUGGUCUACGCGUAUACUUCAUUUGGGUAUUCGUUAUUUUGUGGGAAUGGGAGUACAUGAAUCUUAUUACGAUCAUGGGCUUCCUGAUCCUUCAAAUGGGCAUCAUCCUCUAUCGACAGGCUCUUUUCCUGGACUGGUAUCGAUCUGCUGUGGCUCGCUGGCAUCGUGCUCGUUACGUCGACUUGAAUUCGGAGAACGCAGGUGUGCCCAACAGCCGACCAGCAGAUGUGAUCUAAGGAUACUAAGGGAUUGCAGGACGGAAAGGAGUCCUAACAUCCGUAUGAGGUGGAUUGUGAUAAGAGAGAUGGGUUGUAAAUCGACCUGGGCUGAUUCUUGAAAAAUACUUAUCAAUUAAAAAAAAUGUAACAUUUAGAUUCUAUAAGCCAAUACACACAUGAAAUGUUA